CUCCCACCCGCCAACGACAUACGAGCCCAGGCAUUGCAAAGCGUCUCCAAAGGAUCCCCAAGAGCAUUGCAAUCGGCGCUUUGUGCUUGUCCCCAACCCUCACGUCGCACCGCGCGACGCCCGCUCUUCUCGCCUCCCAACGCCGACCUUAGAUCUGAAUAAUAUCUGUAUACGCGUUCUGCGCACCUAAUUGAACAUGGAACGCUACACCAAGAUCGAGAAAGUCGGCGAAGGCACGUACGGUGUCGUGUACAAGGCUCGCGACACGGGCACCAACCAGAUCGUCGCGCUCAAGAAGAUCAGGCUUGAAGCCGAGGAUGAGGGCGUGCCCAGCACGGCCAUCCGCGAGAUCAGCCUGCUCAAGGAGCUCAAGUGCGAGUACAUUGUCCGGCUGUACGACAUUGUGCACGCGGACGCGAAGCUCUACCUUGUCUUCGAGUUCCUCGACGUCGACCUCAAACGCUACAUGGAGACCCUGAACCAGAACAAGACGCCCAUCUCGGAUCAUCUUGUGAAGAAAUUCACGCACCAGCUGAACGCGGGCCUGCUCUAUUGCCACUCGCACCGCAUCCUGCACCGCGACUUGAAGCCGCAGAACCUGCUCAUCGACUCGUCGGACAAUUUGAAGCUUGCGGACUUUGGUCUGGCGCGCGCCUUCGGAAUCCCGAUGCGUACCUAUACCCAUGAGGUCGUAACGCUGUGGUACCGCGCGCCGGAAGUACUGCUGGGCUCGCGUCACUACUCGACGGGCAUUGAUAUGUGGUCUGUCGGGUGCAUCUUUGCGGAGAUGGCGAUGCAGGGCGCGCCGUUGUUCCCGGGUGAUUCGGAAAUUGACCAGAUCUUCAAGAUCUUCAGAAUACUGGGGACACCAAACGAGGACAUCUGGCCAGGCGUGAGCCAGCUUCCUGACUACAAGCCCACUUUCCCGCAGUGGAAUCGCCAAGACCUGACCCGGCUGGUUCCGCAGCUGGAUGGCGCGGGCAUCGACUUGCUCGAGGCAACCCUCACCUACGACUCCGCCCGGCGCAUCUCCGCAAAACGCGCCCUCCACCACCCUUACUUCGCUGACUACACCCCGUAAAGGGCGUAAUUGGCCACGUACCCACUCGGCCGUGUCUUCCUCCCGACCGGCCCCGUCCUCGCGCUCCAUCGUUGCUGUCGCUGUCGCUUGCUAUGGUCAUACAUAUAUACAUCCUGCCUGCAUACACUGGCCUUCAUAUUCACGCUUUUCGUGGCUUCAUAUUCACGCCCACCGUGGCUUCAUAUUCACGCCCGUCGUGGCUUCAUAUCCACGCCCAUUGUGGCUUCAUAUCCACGCCACUCUGUGGCCGCAUGUCCUUGUCAUAUUCAUUGUGCAUUUAGUCUCUUUAUGUUCUCACUUGUGCUUGUCAUCCAAACGACGGCAAGCUCCCCUUCAAUCCGCACUCAGCCAUUCAAGUUCAUUCAUUCUUCUCAUUCAAGUUCAUACAUCUUCCUCAUCCA